AUGACAGGCCGAGUACCAAUUGAAUCGCAGAGCGUCGACGCACCGUUGACUGCCUCGGCGACGUUUCUCGUUCUGACCAUCAAUCCAGACCCGGCGGCCAUCAAGACUGUGCGGUCCGUCCUCUCGAGCGUCGAUGACCUCGUCAAGAAUGUCGCGAUCCGCGACCUCCAGGCGCUGUUCGCGUGCACGGUCGGCAUCGGCAGUGAGGCAUGGGACACGGUGACGGGCGGUCGCGUCGCUCGGCCGGCGGAGCUGCACCCGUUCAAGCGAAUCGAGGGCAAGGUGCACACGGCGGUGUCGACGCCAGGGGACAUCCUGUUCCACAUCCGCUCUCAGCGGCGCGACCUGUGCUUCGAGUUCGAGCGGCAGGUCAUGGACCUGCUCGGCGACGCGGUGACGGUGGUCGACGAGACGGUCGGGUUCCGGUACUUUGACGCGCGGGACCUGUUGGGGUUCAUCGACGGCACGGCGAACCCGGUCGGGCCGGCCGUCAACGCCUCGGUCGUCGUGGCGGCCGAGGACGACGCGGGCGCCGUGGGCGGGAGCUACGUCGUCGUGCAAAAGUACGUGCACGCCCUGAAGCGGUGGCGCGGGCUGUCGACCGAGACGCAGGAGGCCAUCAUCGGGCGCACCAAGCUCGACAACAUCGAACUCGACGACGCCGACGAGGGCUCCCAGAUGUCGCACAAGUCCCUGGCGACCAUCGAGGACGAGGCAGGAGGGGAGCACGACAUUCUGCGCGACAACAUGCCGUUCGGCUCGCCCGGGUCAAACGAGUUUGGGACCUACUUCAUCGGGUAUUCGAGAAAGCUGUGGGUCAUAGAGAAGAUGCUCGAGAGAAUGUUCAUUGGGAAUCCGCCAGGGUUGCAUGACCGCAUCUUGGAUUAUUCGACACCCUUGACGGGGACCACGUUUUUCGUUCCCGCUGCGAGUGUCUUGUCUGGUCUUGACGAUGAUUGA